GCGGGUGUAGUGUUGGCUCGGCUCGGCUCGUAAUGCUCCGCUCUUUGCGGUCCUGAAGCUAAGCUAGCCGAAAGGAUGCCGUCGAUCGAAUACGACGACUCCAAGCCCAGCUGGGCAGACCAGGUCGAAGAGGAAGGAGAUGAAGCAGACCAGCAAAACAAAAGCCUCGAGGAAUACGGCACACUACCGUCCCCCAAGGAAACCAUCAAAGGAAAUAUAAAAACAGUCACGGAAUAUAAAAUAGAUGACGACGGAAAGAAGUUCAAGAUUGUGCGGACCUUCAAGAUCGAGACACGAAAAGCCUCAAAAGCUGUGGCCAGGAGAAAGAACUGGAAGAAAUUUGGUAACUCUGAGUUUGAUGCACCAGGCCCUAAUGUUGCCACCACCACAGUCAGUGAUGAUGUCUUCAUGACUUUCAUUUCCAGCAAAGAGGACUUGAACGCCCAAGACCAGGAUGAGGAUCCCAUGAAUAAAUUGAAAGGACAGAAGAUUGUGUCUUGCCGUAUUUGCAAAGGAGACCAUUGGACCACCCGCUGUCCCUACAAAGACACCCUGGGCCCCAUGCAGAAGGAGCUGGCUGAGCAGCUUGGGCUUUCAACCGGCGACAAGGACAAGCCUGCUGGCUCUGCGGAACCAGAGCCUGCACAGCCUGCGCAGAGCAAGACUGGGAAGUAUGUGCCUCCGAGCCUGAGGGAUGGAGGCACGCGAAGAGGGGAGUCCAUGCAGCCUAACCGCAGAGCUGAUGACAAUGCCACCAUCCGUGUGACCAACCUGUCCGAGGACACCCGUGAGACAGACUUGCAGGAGCUCUUCAGACCAUUUGGUUCCAUCUCGAGGAUCUAUCUGGCCAAGGACAAGAACACCGGGCAGUCAAAGGGCUUUGCCUUUAUCAGCUUCCAUCGUCGGGAGGAUGCAGCCAGAGCUAUUGCAGGAGUGUCAGGAUUCGGAUAUGAUCAUCUUAUUCUCAAUGUUGAAUGGGCCAAACCGUCAAACAACUGAGGAAUCCAUCAGAAUAUAUUCCAAGAUGCCAGAUUUUAUUGUUGUGGUAAAAUAUGGCUGUUACCUAAUAAAGAGAAUAAUUGUUAUCACAA